CCCAACCAGCAUGCGUCGUGAUCCCGGUGCCUCGCCCUCAACGUAUCAGUCGCGCAAUACCAACCCGGAACGCAGCCCAACCAGCAUGCGUCGUGAUUCCGGUGCCUCGCCCUCAACGUAUCAGUCGCACAGUACCAACCCGGAACACAACCCAACCAGUAUGCGUCGUGAUCCCGGUGCCUCGCCCUCAACGUAUCAGUCGCGCAAUACCAACCCGGAACGCAACCCAACCAGCAUGCGUCGUGAUGUAAGCUCGAACCCGUAUGGAAAAAGCAGCGUUGGAGGCAGCGGGAAUCGUGGAGGGAAGGGAUUCGGAAUCGGUGACACUUCAGUUGCGGCUGUUAGCCUUAGUUCCCUUGCGCUUCUUGCCAUGGCCGCCGUUGUGGCGAUGACGCCUGUCUGA